AUGUUCAGCUUUUCGACUUUCACUCUCACCUUCACAAUCAUCUCCAGUUUAUUCAUCUCUUCCGUCCUGGGACAAAGCGAUUUGAAAGUGUUGAAACCUACUGCUGAUUUAUGGUGGGUCGCACAAUCGGUCAAUACACUAGCUUGGAGUGGGAACACACCGCAAUCAUUCUCUGUUUUCCUCAAUAAUGCCGAUGAGAAGAUCUUGACUUCCAAACUCGCACUCGUCUCUGUAGAACCGAUUUAUGAAUAUUCGAAAGAUGUCAACCCUGGGAACGUCACCCCAGGAACUGGCUACACCAUUCAGCUCACUGAUAUCCUCAAUUCUAGUAACAUCUGGGCCGAAUCGGACAAAUUCGAGAUCAAAGCCGUCGGUUCUACCUAUCCUCCUCAAACCACCUCUGCCGUCCCAUCCGGUUCGUCUAGCCCAAGCGGAUCUCAAUCAUCCGGAUCCACCACUCCCUCGGGUUCUCAAUCAGCCACCUCAAACGCCGGAGACCAUACCUUGGUUCCCACCGGAUUGAUUGGAGGUAUUCUGGUCUUGUGCGUUGUACUGGUCUUUUGA